AUGUGGAACAGCGUGGGACCGAACAGAAGAGCACCGCCACCUCGUGACCUAGGGAACAAAAGGAGUGCUGGCCGCACAGCUUGGAAGCCUGUCCAAUGGACACGGUUGCUGCACACUUUUCGUGCUCUUGCCAAACAGGCUUCCGACUCAUCUCUGGGCGCACUGCGGGCAUCGGCGCAGAAGACUCAGGUAGCUUUGAGUGCAGCUGUGGACCGUCUCGCGCAAGACUUGUACGAACUCGAGGGCCACUUCGUGUUCGAAUUGGUUCAGAAUGCCGAUGACAACAAGUAUUCAGAGGACGUGCAGCCUGAACUGUUCAUGUCGCUGCAGACCGACGGUUCUGGCUCGUAUUUCAUGACCAAAAACAACGAGCUCGGCUUGAAGGAAAGUGAUGUGAUGGCUAUGUGCGACAUCAAUGCGAGCUCCAAGUCGUCGGGGUGCAUUGGCAAGAAGGGCAUUGGCUGGAAAAGUACUUUUGCAGUCUCGCAGUGUCCACACGUUCUCUCCGGCGAUUUCACCUUCAAGUUUGAUGUUGGCGGAGCUCUGGGAAAGCUCGCCUAUGUGACUCCGACAUGGCUAGAGGAUUCCGAGCUGGAGAAGCUGCCCAAACCAGUGCAAGAUGCACACCAGAGUGCGGGGACGGUCAUCUAUCUGCCACUCCGAACCGGGUCAGACAGCAUUGCAGAGGCAUUCGAUCGAUUGUGCCAGCAUCAUGUCACACUUCUGCUCUUGAAGCAGCUCCGCCGCAUCCAGUUGGAAUAUCCCGGUGGGAACAUCGUUUGCCUGGAACGACUUGAGAGAGCAGGGCUGGUGCAGUCCAUAAGCAUGCUGGGGUCUCGUGAGCCAGCAGAGAGCCAGGAGGAAAAGGAAGCCAAGAUGUUCCAGUACAUGGUUCAUCCAUUCCAGGUCCAAGGUGUGGACCCUGGUGGCCCAGUCGUGAUGAGGUUGGUCUUCCCCAUAGCCGAUUGCCCACCUCGAAUGUCUGUGCAUGUUGGCCUUCCCGUUCGCUGCGUGGGCUUUCACUUUGCUGUCGAUGCCCCGUUCGACUUGGUCGCCAGCAGGGCUGAUCUGCACGAAGGCAGCACGGUCAACCAGAUCCUUUGUAAUGCGAUCCCACAAGCGUUUGGAGAUUUUCUGGCUGGACCCGGGCAUGAUGUCAGCUGUCAGGCAAUGAGGUUUGUGGGCUGCGAGGCUGCUCCCAGACCAAUUUGGCAACACGUUCGGACCAAGCUCGUGGAUUCGUUGCUGCAUGUUGCUUGCAUCCGGACAGAAGAAGGGGCAGUUGCGAAACCGGAGGAAUGUUUUGAGCGUCCGCAGCACCCUUUGCGUCUGGCAGCAUCCCAGCUGAUUCCGGCCAAGCUCCUACAGCUCAGUUGCGGCCGAAGCUUUGCAUCCUCCAGCUCUGUGGCGACAGUUGGCGUUGGCGCGGGGGUUCUUGAAGUUUUUUCAUUGGAGCAUUGGAUCAAGGUGCUGAGAUACCGUGGAUCCUCCUGGCCUUGUGGUCUUGUGGGCAGCGCUGCCCAGACCGAGGACCCUUGCGAGUUCUUUGUGCCUUUUUGCACGUGGCUUGACAUGGAGUUGAGAGAGGCAGAGCAGCCCAGUCAGCUGCUCGCCCAAGUCUGGGAUGUUGACCUGCUGCCGGCUUUUCGCUCGCGUACACCGUUACGCAUCAGCGAUGGUCCAAUCUUUUCUCGCCCGUGUGUGAAGAUUCGGGCAGAUUGGCAGGGAUUUCUGUCCGAGGUGGGAUUGCUCAAGUUUGUGGAGCCGCGGGUACGCCUGGCACUGCAGAAUGCAACGCCGCACCUGAUGGAAUCGUUGACGAUGGGUAUGCCCAGCCGCCCCGAACUGGCAGCUCUCUGCAUAUCCUGGCACCUGACCUCCUUCAAUGGGCUCGGUGUGACAGCGGAGCCGACUCCAAUGAAAGCUCUUUUGGCAAGCCUUGCAUGCUUGAAGGAAACGUUCCUCAGUGAUGAGCUUCCAGAGGGAAGUCGACUUGGUCUAGACUUGCCGCUACCUUUACCAAAGGCAGAUCCGGAAGCGAGACAGGCUUGGUGGAGAGAGUUGGGCACCUGGCUAUGGUUGCCGGGCCUCCAGAUGAGCAGCAAUGCUCGUUUGAGUUUGCGGCGCCCACAGAAGCUGCAGAGUAGUUCGUACCUCGGUUUUACCUGCGCUGAUGAGUCGCGGCCAUUAGAUACAGCAGUGGUUCAAGAUAUUUUCAGCCAAAAGACAUGGGGAGAAGAUGCCCUGGGAUGGGAGGCCUUUCUUCACGCCAUUGGCGUGCAAAAUUUUCAGCCAGCGGAAGCUGAGCAUACGCAGGACCUGGCCUCAAGGCUUGGUGCCAGCCUCUGUACACAGGAGUGGUGGUCUGGCCUCCUGAAGCGCGGGCUGCGAGCACAGGCCUACGUUUCUCGCCGCUGCCGCGGGGCUGACGAUGCUGAAUCGCAUUGGCUUCGGACUUUGCCCAUUGCUGUCCAAGUGGAUGCCCCCAGGGGUCAAGGUCCGUUGAAGGACCGCAAGGUGCUGCGCAAGAUCCACUUGCAAGACGUUUUCUUGCAUGACGUCUACGGCAGGCUGGGUGGGCAGUACCUGCACUACGUCCGGCUUCCUGGAUCCGGCUCCACAAGACAGCCCGCCGAGGAUGAACUCGUUCGCAGGUGCUUGCAGUGUCUCGGUGUGCAGGUGGAGCUUUCUGCAGCAGGAUUGCUCCGAAGUUUGCGCCUCCUGAAGGACGAAGGUCGAUGUCAGAACAUCGAGGUUUAUGCGGACAUCUACAAAGAAGUGGCCUCCGGAUUCGGAUCAAUCGCAGAAGGUGGUUUGUCGAGGAAUCUCCAGGAAGCUCUCUCGGAACUGGUGUUUGUGCCUCUGCAGUUCAGACAUCUUGACGAGUGCACCUGGGAAGAGGACGGGGAGAUCCAAUGGUUGACGCAGGUGCCGUCCCUGCAGGCACACUAUCUCAGAUACGGGCCGAGUGUUCGGCAUUAUUUCCUGGAUGUGCUGGGAAUGCCGGAGACGCAUCCGGGCUUUUCGCCCGGAUCUUUGCUGACAGCCUUGCGAAAUUUGGUGAAGCAUGUGGAGGACGCCCUUUCCAGCCCCACUUUAUCGGAAAGCCUGCAGCAGACACCGACGACUGCGCGCGGAUUGCUGGAGUCAAUGACCAACUUGGCAAGCAAAGUCUACAGCAGCCUGGCGAAGGCCUGCAGGACAAGUUCGGUUACUUGGCAUGCGGACGUGCGACGUGCGUUCUCCCAAGAGCGCCUGCUCUUGCUUCCACCUCUGGAGCUUCCUGACCUGACUACCCCGCUGCGAAGGGAAGGUGCGCAUGCUCAGGGACGGAGCAACAUGAGCCGGCAAGAUCAGCAACGCACGAGGAGCUCAUCUGGGACCUCAUCUCUGCCGGCUCCUGAUGCAUCCAGGCGGCACAGACCCAAGCGGUUAUACACCAAGGAAUCUUGGUGGGAAGUGGAAGACGAGUUGAAAGAGACGAAAGCGACCAACCUGAAUCUUCGCUCGCUUUACGGUGGCAUCCACGACGCUGAGUUCCUGUUCUUGCGUGUGAUCGGCAUUCGGAGAUUGGCCUCGCGCGGUGAUGUGGUACAGCGACUGCGCGAGAGCAUGAGUUCCGCGGGCCCUCUAAGCAACUGGACCGAGGGAAUCGACAUCUCCGACUUGGAGGAGCUGGAGAACAUCCAGACUAGUAGCUAUUUCCGUCCUGCAGAUUGGCGUGCGCCAGGAGAGGAGGACGAUGGUGCUGAUGAUUCCGGCCAAGAAGCUCCGACUGAGCGGGCCUCAGCCAGCUUCAGACCGCCGCAAACAGCGGGCUCCGCUCACCCGCCCGCCUGGAGAAGCCCGGAAGCAGCCCGCGACGCCGAAGAUCGUGCCAACGCUGCCCUGCGGGCCGAUGCAGCGCGGAGGGAAGCUGAAGAAACUGCUGCCAGGGCAAAGGCGAAGGCGAAGGCCGCAGCGACCACCGCUGAAUCAAGAGGCCGUGCGCAGCCGUUGCAGUCGGAGCUGGCGGAGCGGCCCAGGCAGCGCUUCAGCUGGCAGCGGUUUCGAGAGGCGCACACGGAGGCUUCGCAGGGAGCGCCCGAGAGCACAGCCUUGGGAGCUGUCGACUCCCCUGCCGGGGUCCCCGUGCCUCCUGCGGAGUCCCCAAGGCCAGGAGCGAAGCUGACAUGGUCACGCCUGCGAGCGCAGCAGGCCUCUGUCGAGCAGAAUGCUCAGCAGAGGCAGUCCGAGCCGUUUGAAGAUGGCAGGCUCACCCGAACCGACUUGCAGAAGAAACUUGCACUGUUGCGAACUCGCUGUGAUCUUGUCCCGUGGCACUACAGGAAGACUGAAGUGGAGGAUCUUCGCAGAGAGCGUCAAGGUGUCGAGGAGACGACCCAGCGAUAUUUGCGCAUACUGCAGGGGCACCCGAGGGGGUGUGCAGCUCCGUCCACCGAAGCUCUUCACCCACACCCAGGGAAAGCGCACCUGCAAGGAUUUCCAGAGCAGCGUGUGAGUGAGACUGCGUGGCUAUGCCGAGAAUGCGGUCAACACUCCGUGAAUCACCGAGAACGAUUCAAGGCAGGUAGACCGUCACUUGUAUAUACUUCUUCUGCAUUGUUUGUUUCUCGCGCUGCUUUUGCGCAGGCCUGUAGAAUCCUGUAG